AUGCCUGAACACGAGGGCCUGGUAGGCUCCUACGUGCACCUGGCAAGGGAGCCGCGGGCAAGCGACGCCCUGCAUGCUUUGAAGAAGAUUGCUUCGCAAGUGAAGCCGAUUAUGAGGGCUCGCGGAUGGAAAGUCGGCCAGUUGGCCGAGUUUUACCCCAACGAGACCAACUUGCUAGGUACCUUGCUUGACUACCACGCUGUGCACCAGCCAUUUACUUGGGUCCCUCGCUACCUAGGUUUGAAUGUUAACAGAGGAGCCAAGAUAUUACUUCGACUGCGAUAUCCAGGAGACAAGAGCCAGUUCCUCCCGUUUGAGAACGUGCUGGACACGAUGCUCCACGAGCUGGCGCACAUUGUUCAUGGCCCGCACAACCAGCAGUUCCACGCUCUCUGGGACCAGCUGCGCGACGAGUGCCAGGGCCUGAUGAUGAAGGGAUACACGGGCGAGGGAUUCCUCGGCAAGGGACGCCGGCUGGGGGGAGCGAGCAUGCCAGACCGGGAGGCACGCCGUCUCGCCCGAGAGGCAGCCGAGAAGCGGCGCAUCCGCGCAUCACAGGCCAUUGGGUCCGGCCAAAGACUGGGUGGACAUGGGCCUCGGCCCGGCCAGGAUAUCCGACAGGUCAUUGCGAGUGCUGCUGAGAAGCGAAACGCCGUCCUCAAGGGCUGUGGCAGCGGGCGGUAUAAUGAUGGGGAAAUUGUCGAAAUCGCCGACGCGGCCACCAGGAACGGCUUCCAAACACAAGCCGAAGAGGACGAGGCCAACGAAAUCGCCAUUGCCCAGGCCCUAUGGGAACUUGUCCAGGAAGAGGAGAAGGCGAAACAUGGACAAUCGUACGUACGGCCGUCGCCUGACCGCCCAGAAGGACCACGCGCACGCGGGCCUCUCACGCGGGGAGCGACUGGCGAACGUGAUCAAGCUUCGCGUGCUGUCGCUGCCGCUCAAGCGUCGACCGCCCGAGAGCCGAAGGACCGAGAUCAAGGCAACACGGAUUAUGGGAACCGUAGGGACCCGGGGUUUUGGGUCUGCGAACUUUGCACGUUGCACAACCCGCCACAGUAUCUCUGCUGUGAGGCCUGCGGGUCGCAACGGAGCCAACAAGUCAAGAUGACCAAUUCUGUGGAGCCCAUACUAAGCGAGCCUCGGAAAAAGGAGACGAGUAUGAUGUCGGAUUCGACCACGAUAGACUUGACGGGACAUGGGGCGCCGAAAACGAAAAGGCAUCAGGAAAAUACGGCCGUAAGGACGCGGACCCACGACGCUGCAGCCUCACCCUCGACCACCCCAGAAGCGCCCUGGGUCUGGAUAUGCACCUUCUGUGGGACAGCCAUGGAACGACAGUGGUGGACGUGCUCUCUGUGUGGCAAGAUGAAGGAAAGCUCCAAGUAG